ACAAGGCCAACCAGUGGAAGCCACAUAGAGGUUGAAGAGGCAGCUUCUUCUUGGUGACCGAGUGAGAGAAGUGCUUUUCAGUGGCGUUUGUCUGCUGCCCUUUCAAAUGGCCUUGGUUUGGGCGGUGAAGAAGCAGCUCCUUCUGCUUUUGGCUUUUUGGCUCGUCAACUUUCUCCCUUCUUCUCAUGGGAAGGGGAAUUUCUAUGAGUUCAGGUACCCAUUCAUCAAGAGAGCAAGCUCCUUCCCAUCAGUAUCAUCAUCUUCGUCCAGUGGGCACAACAAUGGCUAUGACUACAUAGUUGUGGGAGGAGGCACAGCUGGGUGCCCAUUGGCCGCAACCCUCUCAAAGAACUUCAAUGUCUUGGUGCUUGAAAGAGGGGGAGUCCCUUUUUCCAAUGCAAAUGUCUCAUUUCUUCAAAACUUCCACAUUGCUUUGGCAGAUACUUCACCUACUUCUGCAUCCCAACCUUUCGUUUCAACAGAUGGAGUCAUCAAUACUAGGGCUAGGGUUUUGGGUGGGGGCUCUUGCAUCAAUGCCGGCUUCUAUACUAGAGCAAGCACAAGGUUUAUAAAGAGAGUGGGAUGGGAUGCCAAGAUAGUCAAUGAGUCCUACCCAUGGAUUGAGAAGCAAAUUGUUCACCAGCCUAAGCUUGAGCCGUGGCAGGUGGCCAUAAGGGACAGUCUUUUGUCUGUUGGAGUUUCACCUUUCAAUGGCUUCACUUAUGAUCACGUUUAUGGAACCAAGGUUGGAGGAACCAUUUACGACCGCUUUGGCCGCCGUCACACUUCUGCCGAGCUACUGUCGUCUGGGAACCCUCAGAAACUCACUGUCUUGGUCUAUGCCACGGUUCAAAAAAUUGUCUUUGACAUAUCAGGGAAGAAACCAAGGGCAGUGGGAGUGAUCUUUAAAGAUGAAAAGGGGAAUCAGCACCAGGCAUUGCUUGCUGAUAAGCCACAGAGUGAAGUGAUAUUGUCUACUGGAGCAAUUGGAAGCCCUCAAAUGCUAUUGCUAAGUGGGAUUGGACCAAAAGCUGAUCUCCAAAAAUUGAAAAUUCCAGUGGUGCUUGAUAACAAGUUUGUUGGGAAGGGCAUGGCUGAUAAUCCAAUGAAUGCAGUGUUUGUCCCAAGCAGCAAGCCAGAAAAGCAGACACUAAUUGAAACUGUAGGGAUCACCAAGAUGGGUGUCUACAUUGAAGGCAGCAGUGGGUUUAGCCAGUCCAAGGAUAGUAUUCAGUGCCACCAUGGAAUUAUGUCAGCUGAGAUUGGGCAGCUAUCUACUAUUCCCCCAAAGCAAAGAACACCAGAAGCCAUUCAAGCUUAUAUUAGGAGCAAGAAAAACUUGCCCCAUGAGGCAUUCAGAGGAGGCUUCAUUUUAGAAAAAAUUGCCAGCCCACUUUCCAAAGGUGAUCUUAGCCUUGUCAACACCAAUGUUGAUGACAACCCCUCAGUCACCUUCAACUACUUCAGCCACCCAUAUGAUCUUCAACGUUGCGUUGAUGGAAUCCGCAUGGCCACGAAAGUUGUGCAGUCAGAACAUUUCACAAACUACACAAAAUGUGACAGGCAAACUGCGGAGAAGGUGCUUGACAUGAGUGUGAAGGCUAAUGUUAACCUUAUACCAAAGCACACCAAUGACACGAAGUCCUUGGAGCAGUUCUGCAAAGACACUGUGAUCACUAUUUGGCACUACCAUGGAGGGUGUCAUGUGGGAACUGUGGUUAGCCCCGAGCACAAGGUUCUCGGUGUAGACAGGGUCCGGGUUGUUGAUGGCUCGACGUUUUCUGAAUCCCCGGGGACUAAUCCUCAAGCCACUGUCAUGAUGAUGGGCAGGUACUUUGGAGUGAAGAUUGUGAGAGAGAGAUUGGGAACAGCAGCUGGUAUAUAAUGUUAAGGAAAUAAGGCCCAAGUAGCCAGUAGGAUUUUAAGAGGUGACUCAGAGGGUUAGUUGAAAAAGUGUGUUGUGAUGUAAUUUUGGUUGUUUGAUUCUUAGGAAGCUUUGAUGUGUAAAAAUUGCUUACCUCCCCUGGGAAAUCCGUGUUAUGAUUAUCUCUUAAUUCUAUAAUCUUGACUAAGUGGCUUGGUAUUAA